AUGUAUAAUAGUAUAAAAUGUGCCAGAGUUAGUCUGUGCAGAAUCCUUGGAUACGGGGUACGUUACACAGUUUAUGACGUUUAUUCUCAGAAUCUUCGUAAAUUCACAACAGAAUCAAACACACAAGUUGUGGAAUCUAAAAGUACCCUGAAUGCGUUUGGAUUACCAGAAACUAGAGAAUUUUUUGUACCAGGAAUCACAUCAGAUCCGUUCUAUAAAGAUAUUAGUCUUCCAAAAAGAUGUAUAGGCUGUGGAGCUCAAUUCCAGACAAUAGACCAAAACAAACCAGGAUAUGUGUGUUCAGAUGUACUUAACGAAUCAGGAGCUAGAGGAUCAUCAAAGCUACCGAGAAUUAGAGGAGUAGAAAUCGAAAACGCACCAGAAGGAGUUGAAGUAAACAAGGCAGAAUUGGGCAGGUUUUCUACAAAAAAACGUAGAGUAAUUUGUCAAAGAUGUUACAAACUCCAGUAUUAUAAAAGACUGGAUACAAAAAAUGAAGUUGAUUCUUCCCGCGAAACACUGGUGAAAGAGUUUUUGGAUGGAGAAAAUUUGAAAAGAAAUGCCCUAAAAAGAGUAAUCUCGUCAAACCUCACUGCAAAACAAUUUCCAGUCCUGAUGACCCAACUGGAGUCUGAAACUAACAUAGCCAACAACUCAGUGAAAAUCUCUUCAACAUCAGAAAUAAUCAGUAAUAUGGCAACAAGGAUUAAAAACAAUAGUCUGAUACUGUUUGUGCUAGACCUGACAAAUUUAGAGAUUUCAGUAAUCCCAGAACUAUAUAUAGCUCUGAGAAAUAGGACUUUGGAAGUAAUUUGGAUCGCAAAUAAGAUAGACGUACUACCCAAAGUUGUGGAUCAUUCAGAGAUUAAAAGAUGGCUAAAGUCAGUGGUGAGGCACAUUGGAAAUUCUAAAAGUUCUGACGUUAUCUUGAUAUCAAGUUCAAAGGGGACUGGGUUCGAUAAACUAGAACAUAGAUUUAAAGAGUAUUUGAGAGUUGGAGAUCCAAGAAACAUAUACGUGGUGGGAGCAACGAAUGUAGGAAAAUCAACAUUCGUCAACAGAUUUUUGGAUUUUAUUAAAUACAAGCAUGUUGGAACCCUUAAUUUAAGACGAAGUGUGGGUGGAACAACCAGGUCAGCAAUUCCAGGAACCACUUUGGAAUUUAUUGAAUUUGGACUCCCAAGUGGAUUUAAAUUAAUAGAUACGCCGGGAAUACCCAUUAUAUCGCAAAUUCCAUCGCUGCUUUACAAGCCUGUGGACUUGAUCUCGAUUGCAAUGACUAAAACUAUUAAUCCUCUGUACAUUAAGCUUGACGAAGGACAGACACUUUUAAUAGGAGCAUUGGGCAGAGUGGACCUAGUUCAGGGUUCCAAAUGCAUAGUUCAGUGUUUCUUUGCUUGCACCCUAAUAAUUGAAACAGAACCGUUGCAAGUGAAGAUAUCGUUAAACAUCAAAGUAACUGUCAAUUGUAACGGACCAAAACCGUUAGAUGAGUUCGUAAUUUGCGGGUUGGGGUGGUUUUCAUUCAGUGGAACGGGACCUAAGAUAGUGGAAAUGUUCGUACCAAAAGGUGUAAACUUUUUAAGGAGGCCAGCAAUGAUCACAAACCCACCCAGAGCAGCGGAUAAAUUUAAUAUAAUAAAUCAAAGGUGA